AUGCGAUGCGCGAGCAAGGCCGCCGAGAGCGCGUCUGCACGUCUCUGUGCGGACGCCGAAGCAGAAACUACAGCAACUGAUGUCCCAUCGGUUGCUGAUGCGACUCAGCCUGUGUCACUUGGUGAUGCAGGCGCUGGUCAUGAAGACACUCGUGUCUUCACAGAGUACGAGCUCGGUGUCUCGUACUCUCCUGAUACGGAUGACGGAUCCGUAUCGACGGCGAUUGAAUCUAAGCCGCCUGCCAAGCGUGGCAUGGACGAUGCUUUGCGUCGCAGCAUCUUUGGUUCAUCUGAUGAAUCAGAUGAACCAUCGCCGAAGCGAAGGCGCUCGAGGUCGCGAGACUCGGGCGCUCACAGUGGUGUCGGUUCUCCUACUGACACCACUUCGCAACGAGGUGCCAGUACUUCUGUCGGCACGUCGCAGGAAGAGCGGGCCCGCAAUGUGUUGCGUCUCGCUCCUGAGAAGAAGGCACCAAAAUCCGUCAUGGAUCACUUGUCGGCGACGACGAGUGAUCGUUAUCGAACACGAUUGUUCGAUUCGUCAAGGAUCCAUCACCUUGACCCCAGUGCGAAAAACAAUCGCGCUGAGAAUGAAUUCUUCAUCGAUGCUUUCUUUAGACAUCGAUGGUACAGUGGGAAUCACAAACGUAAUGGUCCCUCACUGCUUUAA